CCCCGGGGUGGGGGGGGGAGCAGGAGGCCCCCAGCAGGACCCAGAGAUGUUGCUGCUGCUGCUGGGGCUGGUGCUGGGGGGCCAGGGGGCAGCCGCCUUCGUGGUGCAGCUCUGGGGCUCCUGCGCCCUGGCUCCCAACGGCUCCGUCCCCAGCUUCACACUGGGCUUCAAUGGGGCCCCACUGGUGUGCUCCGAGCCCGGCAGCUCCGGCCAGGCCGUGUCCUGCACCGUGGGGAUGCUCCAGAACCUCGCUGAGUACGUGGCCCAGGGACUGAGCAUGGAUCCGGCCUGGAGGAAGAGGAUGGAGCAGAGGGAGCAGGCCUGCAGGCGCCUGCUGCCCCACAGCAUCAGCGGGCUGGGCAGCGCCCCCCCCCAGGUCCUCAUCACCUCCUCAUCCUCGGGGGACCCCUUGGUCCCCCUGCUCCUCACCUGCCACGUGUGGGGCUUCUACCCCCCGGACGUCACCGUCCUGUGGCUGCACAAUGGGGACCUGGUGACCCCCGAUGAGGACCCCCCCCCCAUUGUCCCCAAUGGGGACCUCACCUACCAGACCCAGCUCAGGCUCCUGGCAGCCCCGGCCCAUGGGGACACCUUCACCUGCUCCGUGCAGCACCCGAGCCUGGACCAACCCCUCUUGGUGGACUGGGGUCAUGGGUUGUCCCCUGUGCUGCUGGUGAAGGUGGUAGCGGCCACCAUGGUGAUGCUGUUGGGGAUCGGGGUCUUUGCCAUUGGGCUCCAUCGCUACCGGGCACCAGCACCGGCACUGGGUUACACCCCCCUGGACGGUGACACCUACCCCACAGGCAGCAUCUGAGGACCCCCCCACACUCCUCCCAGUGGUGACAUCCGGAUGGUCCCCCCCCCCCGGCGGUACCAUUCACCCCCGGGGGGGGACACGGACACACACACACGGUGCUGGUGACAAUAAAGAUGCUCCAUGGC